UGGCCCCUGCGCAAGGAUGACACGCACAAAUCAAGAAAUGGUCCAAAUUUUUUUUGCCCUAAUUUGCUCGAUCGAUUGCUGCAUUUCUUCUUCAGAUGCUUUUUUUUAUUCAACAGCUCCAGAAAGUGAUCUAGAAAAGACAAACACAAAUGACUUUAAAAGAAUUUUGAAGGAUAAAGGAGCAGAAAACGAGGCAUCCAAACAAACAACUUAUAAGGAUUAAUAUCUUUGUAGUUAGGGGUGGACCCAAAAAACAAAUUGUUGGGGUCAAAUUUUUUUAGCAGAUGGACAUUUCUCUGAAACCAAUUUUUGAUCAAAUUAUUUAUUUGAUGUAAAUUUAAACCCUUCUUGUUUACUAAAUCUGAAAAUUUUAUAUAUUAUCUACAAUCUUUACAAGUAUAAGGGUUUGUAGAUGUUUUUAGUAUUUGAAUAGAAGGUGCAAAUCCAUUAUGCACACUCACUUUUCCCACAUCGACCAAUAGUGAAAUCUUGAAUGUUUGAUAGAGAUUAUUAGAAUGUGGGAAGUUUGAAGUUAAAGUUUAAAGGCUUUAUUUCUAUCUUUAAUAAGUUUCGAAGGGACAUUUGAAGAGUUGCUGUUGAAUUAUAAUUUUUUUAACGAUGAUUAGAGAUGAUCUUUUAUGAACAUGAUUUUUGUUUCUUUCGUUUAGAUCAUCUACAUGAUUAGCAACAUAACAUUAACACAAAAACCCAAAAAGUAUUUAGGAUGCCACGUCACCAACAUUUGAGAUCGUUGCACCCAUGAGGCUACCUCAACGGGUGACAUGGUUUUCAUGGUCUAUCUGUGAGGGAAAGUGACAUUAACAAAGAUGUGAAAAAUGAAUGGUUUAUUUUCAUUAUACAAAAUAUAGAUAGGAUAGAUAUUUUAGCAUUUGUACGUAUAUAUAAAUAGGAUAAGAUAAUAUGAGAUGAUAUGAUACAAAGAAAACCACAUAUGUUAGUGCAUACUUCAUUAAAUGUAUGAAACUUUGAUAUAUGUAAAUUAUAUGACUUAAAUAUAUCUUUUUUAGAGCAGAAGGAAAACUAAAAGGCUUAGUAGAUAAGAAUCACAUACAAACUAUGGGGUUUUAGAUAUAUCAAUCAUUUAUUAUGGUGUACAAAAUUGUGGCGGAGGUUCUUGCCAAUCGAAUUACAAUAUGAACGAUGAGCGAUUGGUUUGAAGUUUGAACUCUGAAGACGUUCGUUGUUUUCUUUCUCUAUUCGAAUCGAUCUAACCUAAUCUUUGUUCUUGCGAUAUCCCUCCUGUUCUUGUUAUUGUUCAUCGACAAAUUUCCACCGACAAAUUAAGCGACCUACGGACCUCCGACCUGUUUAUUGACCUCCGGUGAGUGCUACUGGUUCUCUACUUGUGUAAUUAUCGUCGACUUUGAUAGUAUCAGUAAUUAUUUUGACUUAUGGACCUGGUUUUUUGCUACUGUGUUACAUUGACUCAACUUCAUUACUUUAUUACUUGAUUUGCUUCGCUUUCUGGUUUUUUUCUACUUCGCUACUUGUGUAAUUUAACUAUUAAAGCCUCGAAUUUCAUUCAUUAAUGGCGUAUUUUGUUUACACCGCCGCCUGUACCCACCAUGGCACCAUCCAUCGCCGCACACCACCGACACCAACAAACACCUAUCUACGACCACUACUCACCCACCCUUCACGCCGAAAGUUAAUUCUUGGUUGCAAUUUGUGCGUUGCUUUGCUGAUAUUGACGAUAUGAUGAUGCUCUGUUUUGUUUGCUACCUCAACUCUCAAAAUUAUGAUUAAAGCGCAUCGCUAUUAUUGUUGAGCAAUUCCCACUUCAUGUGUGGGUUUCUCUGAGAAAUCCUCAUGUUCCGGUGCUCAAAAUUUAUGUGAUCAUGUCCAAAGUUCAUCAUAGCUUACACAUGAGUUUGCCUAGCCAAAUUUUUUUUCUUACAAAGACUAUAAACAAUGUGUCAAUAACAAAGAUAGAAGUCAUAUAACACUAGUGGCUUCUUAUAGGAAGGAGUUUGAAAAAAAUGAAGUAGUAUUUGUGUAAAAUAAAAUAAAGUCAUAUGAUCAAUAAAAGAUCACACCCCAUGAAGUAACAAAGCUCAGUUUAAAGUCUGAAGAAUAUUAUCUCUAUGUCAUUCAGGUAGCUAAGGGGAAAUGAAGACUUCCACAUCUUCUUCCCUAUGUGCUAUCAUUCCUGUAAAUUGCAUUUUAAAUUGUUCAAAUCAGCUAGCUUACCCUUGCAGUUUCAGUUUGAAGUUAUCAAGAGGAAACAGAGUGCUCAAAGUUUCUCAAUUGAAGGCUAGCUUUUGGGAAUCCAUUAGAUCUGGGUUGAUAAAGAACAACUCUACACAGGUUAUAGAACCACCUUCUUCCACUCCACAAGAAGAUGAAGAACAAGAACCUCUACCUGAGGAAUUUGUACUUGUUGAAAAAACCUUGCCAGAUGGCACAAUUGAACAGAUUAUCUUCUCAUCUGGUGGAGAUGUUGACAUAUAUGACCUUCAAUCCUUAUGUGAUAAGGUUGGGUGGCCUAGAAGACCACUAUCAAAGCUAGCAGCUGCACUAAGAAACAGCUACAUGGUAGCAACACUGCAUUCCAUAAAGAAAUCAGCAGCUGGAGAAGAAUUAGAUAAUGAGAAAAAGCUGAUAGGAAUGGCUCGUGCCACAUCAGAUCAUGCGUUCAAUGCAACAAUAUGGGAUGUCCUUGUAGAUCCUAGCUACCAGGGGCAAGGUUUGGGGAAGGCUUUGAUUGAGAAGAUUAUAAGGGCUCUACUUCAGAGAGACAUUGGAAACAUAACACUGUUUGCAGAUAGUAAAGUUGUAGAGUUUUAUAGGAAUCUAGGGUUUGAAGCUGAUCCAGAGGGCAUAAAGGGUAUGUUUUGGUACCCAAGGUUUUAGAUGAAGGGGGAGGUGAUACUUGAUACUUGAUAUUACUCAAAAUGGUAUGUAUGUGUAAUGUGUAUGUAUGGAUACCAUUUCUCAUCCUUUUAAUAGGGUUCAAAACAAGCUCAAAAUGCACAUUUUUCCCACCAUGUAAAAUUACAUGCAUGAUGAUGCUUCAUGAAGUUUUAUUGUAGCCUAAGACGUUUGAAGUUAUUGAAAGAUGUAAAAAGUUUGUGCAAGUUGUUUGUUUUCUAAUUAUAUUGAUUAGAAGGUUAACACAA